AUGGAGAGAAUAGCGCGACAAUUACGUCAACGAGUGCCGGUUACAAAGAUUGAGCUUGUUCGAAAUCUAGAUCAAGAUCUGAUUUUGAAAGUUUUGAAGGAGAUCGAGCCCGAAAAUGCAUACUAUUGCAAGAGGGUCCUAGAGAAACUCAUUCUAUUCCUAGAAGAAAACGGCGAAGAAAUCAACGAUGACAUGUAUGAAAAACUGAGCGAUCUUCUUCAAGCAGCUCCGCUGAAUCCGACUCAAACUGAAGUGAUAUCCUACUGCGUAUUGUCUAAACCAGGCAAUAAAGAUAUGAACCUAAAAGUUCGAGAAGCACCGAAUGUGAUAUCAGGUUUGGGGACUACGGGAUUGCGCACAUGGGAGGCGUCCCUCUAUCUGACGGAGUACCUGCUGAAUACUGACUACUGUGACCUCAAGGGUGCGACAGUUUUGGAACUUGGCUGCGGAACAGGGCUGGUAAGCAUGGCCCUCUAUAAAUAUCAUCCAACAGUGAAAAAAAUAUGCAUAACAGACGGCGACUCCCAGUUGAUAGAAAACCUACCAUCCAACUUGCAAUUGAAUGAUAUACCGGUAGAAUCGCCCAAAAUUUCAAUAUCUAAACUAUGCUGGGGCGAAGAUGAGCUUCCUGAUCCGAAUAUUGAUACCAUAGUAGCUGCAGAUGUCACAUACGAUAGCAGUAUUUUAGAUGAUCUUGUCGGCCUAAUAUAUGAAUCAAUGACUCAAAACAAUCAUGGCUCCACGUUAGUGCGAAAUGCAUACAUUGCAGCCACUGUCAGGAACGAGACCACUUUAAAGGAAUGGGAAAAUCUACUCAAUCUCGGAGUUCAGGAUAAGGUGUGGGAAUGGACAAUUAUGGAGCCCUUGAGUUUUGGUGGAAUUUGGUAUCCUGAAAGUACUCCUGAGAUCCGCAUCUAUAGAAUUAUUAAAGUGUAA